CCUUGCAGCCGCAGAGGGUCCGGUGCGGUGCAGCCAUACUGUCCGCCCCAGCCUCGCUCUCUGUGGGAAGUGAGCGGGCAUUCAGAGAGGAUGCUGAGGCCUGCCAGUCCCGCAACACAACCACCCUCAACCCGGGGCUACUAGGCUGGUCCGGGCUAUGGCUGCACCCAUCGCACAUUUCGAUGAAGACUGGCCGAUUGUGGGUGAUUUGAGCAUGGUGUCCGACCAGAGGCUGCUGCCGCACAAAGGCCGUGCAGCCUCCGCGGGGGAAGCGGCGGCGACGCAGCUCCUCCCGGAUGGUGAGGAUGAUAUCCCCGAGCUGCACGACAGCAGCUUCUCCCCGGGGGAAACCGGUGCUUUCAAGUCCAUGGAGGACCUGGUGACCGAUUUUGAGGAGAAGUUGUCCUCCUGCUUUCACAAUUAUAAUGCCAGGACGGAAAGUAUCGCUCCUGUGAGUGAGAUCACCGAGGACUGUCUGCUGGACAAAGACGAAAUCUGGAACACUCUGACCAAUAACUAUGGGCGCGUGAUGCCUGUGGACUGGAAACAGUCUCGAACAUGCUCCCUACACAUCCCCACAUUCAACCUGGAGGAGAAACCCAGAAAGACUGAUGUCACCGUGGAGCUGUCGGAUGACGAGGAGCUGAGGGAGCAGCUGGACAUGCACUCCAUCAUCGUCUCCAGCCUUGCAGAGGAGCCACUUUUCACGGCAGAGCAGGUUAUUGAGGAGAUAGAGGAGAUGAUGCAGGACUCCCCUGACAUGGAGGCAGCCCACAAUCCCUCUCAGUCGGACCUCUCGAUGCUCUCCCUGGACGUCCAGCGGUCCACCAGCAGCCCCAGCUACGAGAAGAGGGUGAGGAGCCUAAGUGUCGCAGAGCUGAAUGAACGUCUGGAGGAGACGGAAACAAACAUCAGGAGGUUCUCAGAGGAGCUGGUGCAGCAGCUGGCUCUCAGAGAUGAGCUGGACUUUGAGAAGGAGGUGAAGAACAGCUUCAUCUCUGCGCUCAUCGACGUGCAGAACCGACAGAAGGAGCACCGCGAGCUGCUGAAAAAGAAGAAGAAGCUUAAAAGUGGAGCCGGGACGUCGCAGGGCCACGUUGAGAAGACACUUGGAUCACGUUUCAGCAUGGAGGGACUCUCCUCAGUCAUUCAGAACAGCUUCCGGCAUACAUUUGGGAGUGGGUGCAUUGAAAGACAGUACUUGACCACAGUCAUCCCUUACGAGAAAAAAGGACACCCUCCUUCGCUUGAGGACCUCCAGAUCCUGACUAAGAUUCUACAAGCUAUGAGAGACGACAGUGACAAGGUGCCCAGUCUCUUAACAGACUAUAUUCUCAAAGGUGAGUUUUUCUCUUCAUUGUUUACAGUCUGUAGACGUUUGUGAUAUGUUGGCAGUGUGUAUCAGUGAAUCAAUUUCACACAAAGCAAAUGAUCAAUGACUUAUCAAUUGUGACUGAACUAGUGGCGUAAAGUUAAAGAACUACUAAAGUUGUUUUGCAUGUUACAGUCCAUUUACUAUAAAUUAAUAGUAAGUAAAUGCUUAAAGCGUCAACAUUUUGUCUUGACUCUAGCGUGGUAGUGUUUCCACCUUCUCGUUUCACUGAUUUCAAUAUUGUAUUAUAUCAUAUUACCACAUAUAGUUGUUGUGUUGUUUAGAUUUUAUUUGCUACACUGGUUUCAGUUCAUUAUAAAAUCAUCUUGAAGACUUGAUAUACACAGUCCAUCAGUGUGAAUAUGUCUUUUUGGUCAAGAUACAUUGCUGUUGCUUGGUAUUGCAGUUGAGAGCAAGUAGUACUACUACUUAUGAUUCAUAUCGGUGUGUUGAAGGACACACAAAUAACAGCUGACUGCAACAAAGCAUUGCAUUUACAAUGUUGCAUUGUUGGAAAAUCAUUUGUAAAUGACAAACAAUAAGCAAAUAUUCAGUUUGUGAAAAACUAAAUAAAAAUCUGGUAGCUGACUAUGAGUUCUCAAAAGUUGCAGUUCCCGUGUGUAACUGCACUACAAUGCAGCGGUAAAUGAAAAACUUCAUGUUUAGCAAGUUUUAACUGCAAAUUGACUUUCACACUGUACUGAAAUCAGUCACCAGCUGUCACCAUCCAGUAUAAUAGGCUAUACCUCCUUUCACACGUUCUGUUUUCAUUCUUUCAUGUUUUCUUUCUCUACUUCUUAUGAUCUAAUUUGUUGCUGCCUUAGCUCUGGUGUAAGCGACGGAUGGAGAGGUUUGUGACACAUUCAUGUGAUGUGCACUGUUGUGGUGUUGCCACUCACAUUGGGAGAGCGCCCCCUCUCUACCACCGGGCUAUAGUGCAGUCUGGCCCCCUGAUGUUCUCCUUUUCACGUCUCCCCUCUCCCACGCAGUGACUGACUGCAGCAUGGUUGAUCCCUCUUACUGUCAGUGACUCACUGCCACACACAUUACAUUUUUAUUUAUCUAUUUACCCUGCAGUUAACAUUUAGGACACUGUUUUGUGAUUAUUAGUUAUCUAGCACCGCCCAGACUGCAGGUAUUUAUCCUCACCCACCCAAUGUCAGAAAUAGGUUUGUGUUUUAAUUUUCAGAUAUUUAUCACUAACUUGUGUGUUAAAAUUGACCCUUUUUCCUUUUGUUUUUCCUUGUCUUUAUGUCCAACUUUGUAUUUUGUACUAAUCCACUCAUGCUGAAGCUUUAUUCCUGAUCAGUCAUAUCUAAUAUUAAUCUCUACUGUUUUUACAGUGCUUUGCCCAACGUAGACCAAGGGAUGGUGCCUAACACUCAGAGGCUUCAGAUAGUUUACCAUGGCAACAAGAUGAAGAGGACCCAUUGUGUUUUUUUUUCAGACAUGAAGCACACUUAAUUUAUUCCUGCAUGUUUUUUUCCUCAAGAUGUGUCUUUUUUGUGUUCUACUCUUCAUUUAGUUGUAUUUAUUUUGUGUUGUGAUUUUGCAAAAAAUGUGUGUUAGUGUGAAAUUUGACUUACUCUUCGUGUUUUUAAUUUUCUUGAACUAUGAAAGAGUAUCCUAAAAAUGCUAAAUUAUAUGAGAAAUACACCCAGAUAGAUGUACCAGCAUAGGAGCUGCACUGUUUGGAAACUGAGCUUCGCUUGUUGGUUGUAAGUAAGAGCAUAUACACAUACAAAGAGUUUGUGAAGCAUCAAAACUGUUAACAAAAGAGUAAAAUAAGAUUAAAAAAAGAUUUUAGUUUUACAGCAGCACACGAGAAAGAUCAGAGGUGUAAGAUAAAGAAACAAAUAAAUGCGUUAGUUACCUUGUGCAUAAACAUAAGUGCAUAAACCAUCAUAUAAUUCAACACAGCUUUCCAUGUAGCAGCAGAUAAACUGUGCUAUCUGUGUUCAUCUCAGCAGAACAAUAAAUACAUCAUUAUUAUUACACUGUGGAAGAGAAAGAGUUGAUGGUCAAGGUGAUGAGGUCUGGACUGAAAUUAACUAAUUAACUAUGCAUUUGAGUGAAUACUGAAUUGUGACCCAUGCACUGUUUGUACCUUUGUGACGCUGACUGGAACUCUGGAUCAGAGACUGCAGCAUCGACGUGCCUGCUGUGCACACCAUGAAUGGGCAUUAUUAAUCUGUAUUCUUGUAUAUGAACAAGCUGCCUUUGCCUUUGCCUUUGCCUGAACUUUUGUACAUUAUAAAUGACUUAUUUUCAUUGAAUGUCGAAUUGCUGGACUACUUACAGAACCUGCUUCAUUGUUAAUUUAUUUUGUAAAUAUUUUAUUUCAAAUAUAUUGAUAAAACCACA